AUGUACUCUUAUGACUAUAGUGACUCUUAUGACUAUAGUGACUCUGAUGACUACAGUGACUCCUAUGACUAUAGUGACUCUUAUGACUACAGUGACUCUUAUGACUAUAGUGACUCUUAUGACUGUGGUGACUCUUAUGACUAUAUGUACUCUGAUGACUAUAGUGACUCUGAUGACUACAGUGACUCCUAUGACUAUAGUGACUCUUAUGACUACAGUGACUCUUAUGACUAUAGUGACUCUUAUGACUGUGGUGACUCUUAUGACUAUAUGUACUCUUAUGACUACAGUGACUCUUAUGACUAUAGUGACUCUUAUGACUAUAGUGACUCUUAUGACUAUAGUGACUCUUAUGACUAUAUAUACUGUUAUGACUACAGUGACUCUUAUGACUAUAGUGACUCUGAAAGCUAUAGUGACUCUUAUGAGCUAUAG